AUGGAUUCAUUCACCUUUCGAGAGCGUGGCCAGCACGUAAAAGAGAAAACCCGAGCUCGGUUGACGGAUAGGUAUAGCUGGAAAUUACCCAAGCAGACUAGCAGCAUCGCGCCGUCUUACGUCUGGACCAAUGCCGAUCAAGAUCCGGUGCCAGAGGAUAAACGGACUUGGACGAGUUGGGCGUUCAUCGGAUAUUGGUACUCCGAUCUGGUGACGGUCUCGACAUGGACCGCCGCCAGCGCCAUAAUGACCACGGGCUUAACGGCUACCGAUGCCAUCCUGAUCGUUCUAGUUGCAGCUAUAUGCAACGCGAUCCCGACAGUCCUCAACGGCGCGAUCGGUGCGGACCUGCACAUCCCGUUCCCGAUCGCGUGCCGGGCCAGCUACGGGUACUGGCUGAGCUACUUCUGCGUCGUGACGCGCGCCGUCCUCGCGCUGUUCUGGUUCGGCGUGCAGAGCGCGAACGGCGGGACCUGCGUCACGGCCAUCAUCACCGCCAUCUGGCCCAGCUACGCGCGUCUGCCCAACACGCUUCCCAAGUCCGCGGGCACGACGAGCCAGGGCCUGCUGAGCUAUUUCAUAUAUUGGUGCAUACAGUUCCCGCUCCUGCUGAUCCCGAGCCAUAGGCUGCAGUACCUGUUCUGGGUUAAGACGGUCCUGGUCACGCCGAUGGCGCUGGCGAUGGUUAUCUGGAUCACGGUCGUGGCGGGCGGGCAGGGCGAGUUCUUUUAUGCGCCGGCGACUGUGUCCGGGUCGACGAGGGCUUGGCUGUGGUUGUCGAAUUUGACCAGCGUAACAGGCGGGUACUCCACCCUCGCAGUCAACAUCCCGGACUUCUCGCGCUUCAGCAAGACGCGCGGCGCACAGCUGUGGCAGCUGCCCUUCAUCCCGCUCUUCAAGACGCUCGUCGGCAUCUUCGGCAUCGUGUCGGCCAGCGCUUCCAAACAAGUCUACGGCACCGUGUACUGGUCGCCGCUCGACAUCAUCGGGACCUGGCAGGGGUCCGCGGGCGGCCGCGCCGCCGCCUUCUUCGCCGCCGCCGUCUGGCUGCUGGCCCAGGUCAGCGUCAACGUCAGCGCGAACGGCAUCAGCUUCGCCAACGACGUGACGACGCUGGCCCCGAAGUGGCUGAAUAUCCGUCGAGGCGCGAUUCUGGCCCAGUUGUUGGGGGGCUGGGCCUUGUGUCCCUGGAUCAUCGUGUCGUCCGCCGCCGCGUUUCUAAAUUUCAUGAGCGCGUACGCCAUAUUCAUGGCGCCGAUCGCCGGGAUCUUGGUCGCCGAUUACUGGGUCGUUAAGAAGAGGCGGUACGAUGUGCCGGCGCUGUACGAUCCCGAGGGUAUUUAUAGGUACGGUAAGUACGGUGUUAAUUGGAGGGCGCUGGUAGCGACGGCGAUUGUGAUCGUGCCGUUGCUGCCGGCGCUCGCGAAGAAGGUUACGCCUGCGAAUGUGCAUAUAAGUCAGGGGCUCGUGAACUUGUUUACGUUUAAUUGGCUGUACGGGUUCUUCGUGGCGGUGGUGCUGUACUGCGGGUUGAAUUACUGGUUCCCGGAUCGGACGACGUUGAUUCCGCACGUGGUGCCCGGAGAUGCGCCGGUUGUGAGGGCGGUUGACGCGGAUGUGGAGAGCGGGACAGGGCAGGAUGAGAAGAUGAUGGGGGAGGAGGUGAGAAGCGAGCCCGGGAGGGAUCCUGAGGUUAAGGGGGUUGGGGAUAUCACGGCUAUAUGA